GCUCCCGCCGCCCGCGCGGGGCCACGCGGGGCUCGGGGCCGGACGGGCCGGACGGGGCCGCGCCCCGAGCCGCGGCCGUUGGGACCCGCGGGCACCGGCGCGUCCCGGCGGAUGGACGGUGACCCCAGGGCCCCGCCGGGCCCCGCAGCGCGGGCAGCGGAGCCGGGGGAUGGCGGCGGCGCGGCCGGGGCGCUGCCCACCCCCGGCGAGCCCCCCCAGGGCCGCGGGGACAGGCCCGUGGCCGUGUCGGUGGUCACCAACUCGGCCUUCGAGGGUGCCCCUCCACCCUACUCGCCCCCGGACCCCAAGAGCUUUCACCUCCUCUACCCGCCGUUCCCAGCCGCCUUCCCGCAGCAAGGACCCAACAUCUACCAGGCGGGACCGGUGCCGCGACCGGGGCCAGCCUCGGGCUUCCCACCCGGGCCCCUGCCCUACCCCUCGUACCACCCGCAGCCGGGCCCGGGGCCGUUGCCCGCCGGCAGCGGGCGGCAGCUGCCCAAGGACUACAUGGUGGAGUCAUUGCUGGUGACCGUCUUCUGCUGCCUGCUGACCGGGGUCAUAGCCCUCAUCUACUCGUAUGAGACCCGGGCCGCGCUCGCCCGGGGGGACGUGGCCCAGGCGUACGUGGCAUCCAGAAAGGCGCAGUUACUGAUCCUCCUCAGCCUCCUCUUCGGGCUCUUCGCCUCCAUCAGCUGGAUCGUCUACGUCCUGGUGUCCCUAUACAUGUGACAAGGACCUGAGCCCCAGGGACUGCGGCUCGCCUCCUGGGGGGGACACGGGCAGGUGAAGCUGCCACAGCCUUGGUGGAACAGGUGACAAGGAAGAGUCACUGGGGCUGCGGGGCAGCGUCCGUCCCUCCUGGCCAGGAGCUGCCCCGGAGCCUCCAGCCCUGCGAGCCCCGGGCCGGGCAGGAGAGCCCGGGGCUGGAUCCAGCUCCGGGCAGGGAGCUGCGGGGGAUCCCUGGGCGGGAUCGGGCUCUGCUCAGGAUGCUGCAUCCCAUUGCUGUAGGCUCUCACCUGGAGCUGCCAGUGGGACUCUGGUGCAGAGGGAGCACCUUGUGGGACUGGGGGUGGAGAUGGAGCAGAAGGAACAGGUGUGUGGGAAGCCCUCAGUGGUCAUUAAUGAGAAGAUACAAACCCAUGUGUGCAGUUCUACAGUAAUUCUGCACACACACACACACUGUAUUGCCACCUUCUUGCUGCUUCCAGAUUGAAAUAAAACACAGCUGUAGCAAAAGCUUCUGUUUUCUCUGCACAC